UCCGAAAGUCGCGCAUUGCUUUGCGGCAAUCGCGUGCGGCGCGAGCUCCCAUUCGGCGUGCUGGCAUUGACGAUUUGUGUUUUCGUUUCCCGCUGACUCUGUCUCCAGUCACCAGGCGUCGCAUGGGCAGGCAUGAGUCCCAUGGAUGCGUUCUGCGGCUCUCGGUUUUGGGACUAUAACCAGACAUGGAAUACGACAGACCCCGACCUGAGCAUCUGCUUCCAAGACACAGUGUUGGUGUGGGUGCCCUGCGGGUUCCUCUGGCUCACAGCUCCCAUCGAGACGUUCCUCUUGCUCAAGAGCAGCAAUCGGUUAAUCCCGUGGACGGCGCUCAACCUGGCUAAGCUGGCCAUAACCUUUAUACUGUUCGUGAUAUCGCUGGUCGAGUUCAGCUAUGCCGGCCACGCAGCCCUCUCAGAAGGCAUCGCCCUGCCGUCCGUCUACUUCUACACGCCUUUCAUCAAGCUUACGACAUUCUUGCUGGCUGGCCUGCUGCUCCUUGCGGGUCGGAAGCGAGGCAAGCAGAGCUCGGUGGUGCUCUUUUUAUUUUGGUUCCUGCUCAUGCUCUUCGGCGUGGUGGCGUACCGGUCACACCUCAAGCGUGCCUUAGCACCGCCCGACGAAGAUGCGCCAGACUAUGCCAAAGAAGAAAGGCCAGGAGAGCCACUAUUUUUCGGCGCGUACAUGGCGUACUUCCCGUUGGUGGUAAUUCAGUUCCUGCUAAACUGCUUCGCCGACAGCAAGCCCAUCUAUAGGCAGCAUGUGCUGCCACCUGAAGAGAAGGAGAGCCCGGAGGCCGGUGCCUCGUUCCUUUCUCAGCUUCUGUUCUCGUGGUUUGACCCGCUGGCCUACAAGGGCUGGCGGCGACCCCUCGAGGCCUCUGAUCUGUGGGCGCUCAACUUCAAGGACCGCACCGACCAAGUCGUGCCGGACUUUGACCGCCACUGGCUCAAGCAGGUUGCGGCUGCGCAGCUUCAGAGGGACAGGAAUACAGCCGCAGGGGCGCCAGCAGGAAGUGACGUGGCGGCCAGUUUCCACCACAACCACGCCAACCACGACGGCGGCGAGGUGAAGUUCUCCGACCCAACCUCUCGGAAGAAGUCGGGCAGCUCGGCUUCGUUGCCGUCGGGCGGCGAGCGGCGAGCGAAGCUCAGCAUCGUCAAGGCCCUGAUUCAGACGUUCGGUCCGAGCUUCUUCCUCGGCAGCAUCCUGAAGUUGGUUCAUGACACGCUGCAGUUCGUGUCGCCCCAACUGCUUCGUGUGAUGAUUGCCUUUGUGGGUUCGGAUGAGCCAGCCUGGAAAGGGGUGUUCUACGCGGUGCUCAUCUUUGUCACAGCGUCGCUCCAGUCGCUGGUGCUGUCGCGGUACUUCCACCGCAUGUACAUCGUCGGCAUGCGCAUCCGCACCUGCCUCAUCUCGGCCAUCUACCGCAAGAGUCUGGUGCUGUCCAACGCAGCCAAGAAGGAGUCGACGACGGGCGAGAUCGUGAACCUGAUGUCGAACGACGCCCAGCGCUUCAUGGAGCUCAUGGUGUUCCUCAACAUGCUGUGGUCGGCGCCAUACCAGAUCGCACUGGCGCUCUACUUCCUCUGGCAGCUGCUGGGUGUCGCCGUGCUCUCGGGCGUCGGCAUCAUGGUGCUCAUGGUGCCCAUCAACGGAUUCCUGGCGGCCUACUCCAAGAAACUUCAGACACGCCAGAUGAAGCACAAGGACGAGCGCAUCAAGCUGAUGAACGAGAUCCUGGGUGGCAUGAAGGUUCUCAAGCUGUACGCCUGGGAGCCCUCGUUCCAGGACCACGUGCAGCACAUUCGGGAGCGCGAGGUGCGCAACUUGCGCCGCAUGGCCUACCUGUCUGGCAUCAUGUCCUUCCUCUGGACCUGCGCCCCGUUCCUGGUUUCGCUGAUGUCAUUCAUGACGUACGUGCUCAUCAGCGACAAGAACGUGUUGGAUCCGCAGCGGGCGUUUGUGUCACUCACGCUGUUCCACAUCCUCCGUUUCCCACUCUCCAUGUUGCCCAUGUUAAUCUCCAUGCUCGUACAGGCGAGUGUGUCGGUGAAACGGAUGAACAAGUACCUGGGACACGAGGAGCUUGAGGAGUACGUCUCUCAUGAGAAGGACGAUGCGUCCGUUCCAAUUUGGGUGCGCAACGGCUCGUUUGCCUGGACAAAGGACGAGGAGCCUGUGUUGCGGGACCUGGAAGUCCAGAUUCCCAAGGGUUCACUGGUGGCCAUUGUGGGGCAGGUGGGGGCGGGCAAGUCGUCCUUCCUCUCGGCUCUGCUUGGCGACAUGGAACGCAUCGACGGCUCCGUCAACGUCCAGGGCUCGGUGGCCUAUGUGGCACAGCAGGCCUGGAUCCAGAAUGCCACUGUGCGCGACAACAUCAUCUUCCAGCGAAAGAUGGAGCGCGAGCGUUACAACCGCACCCUCGAACAGUGCGCCCUGCAGUCGGACCUCAACAUCCUGCCCGGCGGUGACCUCACCGAGAUCGGCGAGAAGGGCAUCAACCUGAGCGGUGGUCAGAAGCAGCGCGUCAGCCUGGCUCGUGCCGUGUACAACGACGCUGACAUCUACCUGCUGGAUGACCCUCUGAGCGCCGUCGACUCGCACGUGGGCAAGCACAUCUUCGACCAGGUCAUCGGCCCCAAGGGUGUGCUCAAGGACAAGACGCGUCUGCUAGUGACGCACGGCAUCUCGUACCUGCCGCAAGUGGACCGGGUGAUCGUGCUGCGGGACGGCCGCGUCGAGGAGCAGGGCACCUACCAGGAGCUUCUGGAGCGCAAGGGGGCCCUGGCAGAGCUCCUGCUGCACUUCCUCCGUGAGGAGAGCCAGGAAGACAAGCUCUUCAACGAGGACCCCAACAUCGUCGAGGACCUCUUGCUGCAUGUCGCCUCCCCGGAGAUCACCAGGCAGCUGUCAGAGCACAAGUCAACGUCGGACUUGUCACUGGCGGAGCGCAAGGAGUUCCUGCGCAGCCUGUCCCGGCAACUGUCUGAGACGCAGAGCCAGGGCUCCAACGGACCCGGCUCGGUCCAGCAAACAGCGGCGCCGGCCGUCGGCCCUCGCCGCUCGAGCGCCGGCACUGAAUCGAUGUCGGGCCGCUCGCUGUCGCGCUCGCAGUCGACGCUGCGUGCUGGGCAAGGAGAGAAAUCUGCCACGCCGGAAGAGGCUGGCACGAAACUGGUUCAGGCGGAGGCAGCCGAGACUGGAAGGGUGAAGUGGCGAGUGUACUUUGCCUACUUCGGUGCCAUCGGCUUGGCCUGGAUGGUGCCGAUCGUGUUGAUGAACGUGGCCUCACAAGCCUUCUCCAUCGGCUCCAACCUGUGGCUCACCGCAUGGAGCAAUGACCCUCCGAUGCCCGACGGAUCGCAGGACCUCAACAAGCGGGACCUACGCCUCGGCAUCUACGGUGCACUCGGCCUGGCACAGGGUGUGACGAUCCUUCUUGGCUCCCUGGCGCUGUCACUGGGCAGCCUGAAGGGCGCCAUGCUCCUGCACAAUGGCCUCCUGCACAACAUCCUGCGGUCGCCCAUGUCCUUCUUCGACACCACUCCGCUAGGGCGCAUCGUCAACCGCUUCUCCAAGGAUGUGGACACGAUGGACCUGGCAAUCCCGAUGACAGUGCGGUCGUGGCUCAUGUGCUUCCUGCAAGUGGUCUCCACGCUGAUCAUCAUCACCAUGACGACGCCCAUCUUCCUGGCUGUCGCGGUCCCCGUGUUUGUCCUCUACUACCUCAUACAGGCAUUCUACGUGGCCACGUCGCGGCAGCUCAAGCGGCUCGAGUCGGUGACACGGUCACCCAUCUACACGCACUUCUCGGAGACCCUGUCGGGCGUGACCACAAUCCGCGCCUACGGGGCCCAGGAGCGCUUCGUACAGGAGUCCAACCAGCGCGUCGACCACAACCAAAUGUGCUACUACCCGUCCACCAUCUCCAACAGGUGGCUGGCUGUGCGUUUGGAGUUCUGCGGCAACCUGAUUGUCUUGUUUGCGGCCCUGUUUGCUGUCUUUGGCAGCGAUCACCUGGACGGUGGCGCCGUGGGUCUGUCGCUCUCCUAUGCGCUUUCGAUCACGGCCACCAUGAACUGGAUGGUGCGCAUGAGCUGCGAGUUCGAGACCAACAUCGUGGCCGUCGAGCGGAUCAUGGAGUACACCCGGUCGCCCACUGAGGCGGCGUGGGAAAUACCGGGUUCUAAGCCUUCCGCUGAUUGGCCCAAGGACGGUGAAGUUCAGUACCGGGACUACGCGACGCGCUACCGUGAGGGCCUGGACCUCAUCAUCAAGGACAUCACGGUCUCCGUUGCUCCCGGCGAGAAGGUUGGCAUUGUGGGCCGGACUGGUGCGGGCAAGAGUUCGCUGAUGCUGUCCCUCUUCCGCAUCAUCGAGCCCGCCCAUGGCACUAUCCUGAUCGACGGUGUUGAUGUCACCAAGAUCGGCCUGCACGACCUCCGCUCCAAGCUGACCAUCAUACCACAGGAUCCAGUGUUGUUCUCCGGCACCGUGCGCACCAACCUGGACCCGUUCAAGUCCAAGAGCGACGAGGACAUCUGGGCAGCCCUGGAGCUGUCGCACCUGAAGAACUUCAUCUCGGGCCUCGACCGGGGACUCGAGCACGAGGUGCAGGAGGGCGGCGAGAACCUCAGUGUGGGCCAGCGUCAAUUGCUGUGUCUGGCGCGGGCGCUCCUGCGAAAGUCCAAGGUGCUCGUGCUGGAUGAGGCGACGGCCGCCGUGGACAUGGAGACAGACUCGCUCAUCCAGCAGACCAUCCGGCGCGAGUUUGCCGGCUCCACCAUCCUCACCAUCGCCCACCGGCUGAACACCAUCCUUGACUACGACAGGAUCCUUGUGCUGGAGCAAGGUCGGGUGGCCGAGUUCGACACACCGGCGAACCUGCUGGCCGCCGAGAACUCCAUCUUUCACGGCAUGGCCAAGGACGCAGGGCUGGCCUGAUCGACGAUGCACAAUUAGCCUAUGUUAUAAUUAUUAUUAUUGUUAUUAUAAUGAUGCACAUCGUUCACCACCACCACCCUCCUUAGGACCCUACCUCCUUCCUUCCACGGUCACUGCACACCCUUGAUCAUUUCCCUCAUCUCACCGGCCAUACUGUCGGCACUUCAAGCGUGCCUUAGAUGGCAGCGGCUACCUCACAAUGGAGUCGUGCCAAUUUACCUUAUCAACUUUUUAAAAAUCUGCGCCCAAGUUCCUUUUAGCGCCCUCGUGCACUUUGUCGCUUCAAAGCAGCUUAUUUUUCGCGCCGCCAGCAAGCUACGAGCUUUUCAUGUCAGGAUUGCGCAGCGUGAAAAUUUUCUGUUCGUCUUCUUUUAAUCCCCCUACUCCUCUCUUCUAAAGUACCGUGUCUUCAGGGUUCUAGUGGAAGUGGCGAAAAGGCGGGGUUCGUGCCGUUUUGCACGUUGAAGCCCACACGAUGCGUCCACGUUGUGUGUUUCGGGAAGGUUCGCGGCCCGCGGAAUUGCUGAAAUCCGUCGCGAACGCUUUCCCGGGCAGGUUCAGGGUAGUGUCUUAGGAAUCUCGGAGGAGGGCAAGAGAAUAGGAGAAUGUCACCAUUUUUCAACGAACAUGUCGUUUGUAAAUAGCGGCCGAUUCAUAUCACGCCCUGGAGCUUCGCCGCUUAUUGAAGUUCGUUCAGAACACUCGUUGCGUAAGCGACGGGGUUUCUUGGGAAUCUCUGGGGAAGAGGGCUCGUUCUUAAAGGCCUUUGUAACGGACUCUUUUUUU